AUGGGCGCAUCCGACUCCAAGCUCGUGUUCAAGCAGGGCAUCUUCCGGCUCUCUGAAGAGAAAAGCAUACCAGCGGAUGAUGCAUACUGGACUGGCUUCUGGGAGCUUCCGGAGUCCGCAGACGAUGUCUUCUCCCUCUUCUCCCCCGCAGAUGUCCGCCGUACUAGAGACAACUCCAUAGCGAACCUCGAGACUCUUAUACUCGCCGUGUCCUCCAGAUUGUGCAUAUUACGGAAUCACCCCUCUUUUCCAGAUCCUGAGCUUGCGCCCGAACGAGAUGCGCUCAAUUGCAUACGGGUACUCACUCGCGUUCUCCCCUACAUCUACGAAGCCGACCACCUGGAAGCGUGGGAAGACAAGUUCUUUUGGGGAAAGCGGAGGAAAAGGAGCAGGAAAGCCCAGGUCGCAAAGGCCGAAGUGCUGUUCGACGGGGCACAUCCUGAUAAUACAACGAGAGGUGAUGCGCCUGAGUUCGAGGAAGCCAAACCGCUAGCUGAGGAACUCAUUGAUACCCUAAUCGACCUAUUGUUCUUCUCGGACUUCACGUUACCGAAAGCGCCCGCAGGAAAGAACAAGGUCACGUACGCAAUAUGGCAGACUGGUGUCGGUUGCAACACGCCCGUCACCUCCAGCAAAGAAUCCGAGAGCAAUCGGCAAGAGAUUUUGAGGCUGCUUCUCGCUUUAGCUAGCAAAUCAAUGUAUAUGUCUCCCAACGUUCUGCCGGUCAAGGGCGUGAAGGCCAUAACAUACAUGGCGACAUGUCCGGACAAGCAAGUCGUGCUCUCUCUGCUCUGCUCCCUGCUCAAUACGACGCUCAAGUAUAACCCUGCGACAUGGCGCGUACCCUAUGAUCACGUAGUCUUCAAGGACCCGAAACAGGUCCUUGUGACCUACUGCCUUCAACUGCUCUUGGUUUUGAUCCUUUAUCCUAUACCUGAACCAGGCAACGGGGUUCCACCUAAGAACUAUUUUCGACAUUUCAUUGGUAGACUGCACCGUCCGCAGGACUUCCAGUUCUUAGUAGACGGCAUGACAAGAAUUCUGAACCAGCCUUUACAGGCAACUAGCUCGUAUCUCCCGGGAAGUCAGAAGUCUUUGACUUGGGCACCUGAGAUGAUAAUGCUUUUCUGGGAAGCGUUGCAAUGCAACAAGCGUUUCCGAUCAUUCAUCAUAGACACGGACCGUGCUCAUGACUUCAUGGUGCUGGUGUUGUUUUACGCUAUCGAUCAGAGGAACGAGCCCUCGAAACAAGGCCUUGUUCGCAUGUGCAUCUUCGUGCUUCAGACGCUGAGCGCUGAGCCAAACUUUGGCAAGAGCUUGAACAAGACCUUUGAAGGCCAAGAGACGCUUCCAGCCAGUAUUAGAAUACCCAAUUUCCAUGGCACUUAUGCAGACUAUCUCAUAACGGCAGGUUCUAUCUACACCCUCCUCACCACCGGCAAAGGAAAACUGGAUGCCGUUUACCCUGCCCUUCUAGCUAUCAUUAACAACAUCGCCGCAUACACCGAAAACCUGGGCCGCGCAUCGAGCUCGAAGCUGCUGCAGCUCUUCGGUUCUAUGUCAUCUCCUGGCUUCCUCCUUGCAAAUGAUAGCAAUCACACGCUGCUACACUCAUUGCUUGAGGCCAUGAACGCCAUAAUCGAGCAUCAAUACAGCAAAAACCCUAACCUCGUCUAUGCAAUCCUACGGUCAAGGAAACGCUUCCAAGCCCUUCGUGACUUCACCCUCGAAGGCGCGCAGGAGGAAAUCGACCGCCAGGCUCAGCAAAGGAAAGAUCAGGGCACCGAGGCCACCCCCGGCCGCACCAGCUCCACUGACAGCCUGCGCAGCCCUAUCAGAACCCGCACGCCGAGUCUCGGCAACGUUCCGGAAGAGAAUGCCGCCUUCACCAUCGGCGAUGACGAUGACUCUUCCGACACCGACAUCCCUCAAACCUCCAGCCCGAAGCCCGUCUCAUCCCACAGCGUAUCCCACUCCACCAGCUCCUCUCGCGCCGCCUCCAUCUCCUCCACAACCGACGAAACGCUCCCGCUCCAACUGCGCGGCAUGUCGGAAAAAGCGCGCGGAAAGAUGCCAAUCAACACGCCCGCCUUCGCCCGCCAAAACAGCAGCUCGACCUCCCUCUCCAGCAGCCUCUCUCCCACAACCUCCUACCACCACCAGCAGGUCGGCCUAGGCGCAAACGCCGCUUUCACGCCCACCCCCUCCUGGCUGGAGUCCUGGCUCCCCUCCCUCCCCCUCCACACAAUCCUCACCCUAAUCUCCACCCUCGCGCCCACCAUCCCCCUCGACGACCCUUCCGCCGCCCUCGCGGCCCUAGUCCACACGCCCGCACCGCCCGGCAUCGAGCCCUCUGCGAUCCGAGUGCACCUGUUCGAGUGGAGCGCGCUGAGCCUCGGCUGGUACGAGAGCCUGCUGUGGGGCUUCGUGUUUGUGAGCGAGGGCUUGGUUGCGAAGGGGAGUAUGGGCGUCUGGAAUGGGACCGCGAUUAAGCUGUUUAGGGUCCAGGAGACGGGGCCGCAGCCGGUGAGUUUGAGGGAUCCGAGGGGUGCGGUUGAUGCGGUGGGGAGUAAUCUUGUGCAGAGGAUUGGGAGCUUGAAUGUCGGGUUGAGGGGGAGUGGAGGCGGAGGAGGUGGUGGGAAUGGGCAGGGUGGAGGCGGGAAUGGGAGAGGGAUCGUGAGGGAUGUGUGA